GGAACUUCCGGUGAGUCUUCGGGGACGUCAGAGCCGAGGCGACAGCGGCGGCCGCUUUGGGAAGAACGAGUCGGCUGUGAGGAGAGCUCGUCCGAGGGCUUGGGUCGUAACGUUCCCUGGACAGAGCGGUGUCUGCGUGGCAGAGGUGCCAUCAUGUUCUCUUUCAACAUGUUCGACCACCCGAUUCCCCGGGUCUUCCAGAACCGCUUCUCUACACAGUACCGCUGCUUCUCCGUGUCCAUGCUUGCAGGGCCUAAUGACAGGUCAGAUGUGGAGAAAGGCGGGAAGAUUAUUAUGCCACCCUCAGCCCUCGAUCAACUCAGCCGACUCAACAUUACCUACCCCAUGCUGUUCAAGCUGACCAACAAGAACUCGGACCGCAUGACGCACUGCGGUGUGCUGGAAUUUGUGGCUGAUGAGGGUAUCUGCUACCUGCCACACUGGAUGAUGCAGAAUCUGCUGUUGGAAGAAGGGGGCCUGGUUCAGGUGGAAAGUGUCAACCUUCAAGUGGCCACAUACUCCAAAUUUCAGCCUCAGAGCCCUGACUUCUUGGACAUCACCAACCCAAAAGCAGUAUUAGAAAACGCAUUGAGAAACUUUGCCUGUCUGACCACUGGGGAUGUGAUUGCCAUCAACUACAAUGAGAAGAUCUAUGAACUGCGGGUGAUGGAGACCAAGCCUGACAAAGCCGUGUCUAUCAUCGAGUGUGACAUGAAUGUGGAUUUUGACGCUCCCCUGGGCUACAAAGAACCCGAAAGACAAGCCCAGCAUGAGGAGUCAACUGAAGGCGAAGCUGACCACAGCGGCUAUGCCGGAGAGCUGGGCUUCCGUGCCUUCUCCGGCUCUGGGAACAGGCUGGACGGGAAGAAGAAAGGUGUAGAGCCCAGCCCCUCCCCAAUCAAGCCUGGAGACAUCAAAAGAGGAAUUCCCAAUUAUGAAUUUAAACUUGGUAAGAUCACUUUCAUCAGAAAUUCACGUCCACAGGUCAGAAAGGUUGAAGAGGAUGAUGCUGGAGGCAGAUUCGUCGCUUUCUCUGGAGAAGGACAGUCAUUGCGUAAAAAGGGAAGAAAGCCAUAAGUUAGCUGAUUGGAAAAUAAAAUACUCAAUUGCAACAUAA